CUAUCCUAUCAAACAGUAGUCAAUAUUCGCUGCUGAUAAGAUAAAUAUUGUAUCACGUGAUUCUUGUUGGCUGGUUCUCUUCUUUUAGGAGAAAGUAAGUCAUGUUGUAAAUAUUGCAAAAUGACCAUUCAUCCGUUUCGUUUUAAGAUCAACGAGUUUAUUGAAGUUUAAGACUAUAACAAGGAAUUCUAACCUCACAUAAAAGAACCUGAUUGCUGAUUCCUCAGAUUGCAAGGUUUGUUGAUGGGACAGAAUGCAGGAAAACAAACCACCGGUAAACACCACAACCCCGGUCACUCCCGUAAGGUGAGCAAGGCCUCAGGGGAUGGAUCUGACUCUGACUCAGUAGACACCAGCUCCUCUAGCCAGAGUCCAUCCACCCCAUCAGGACUCAAACACGGCAUGGCUUCUCUCUUCAGGAAGCAGAGCGAUGCAUGCAAGAAACGUAUGGACCACCAGCUGUAUUUGGCACAAGAAAGUCCUGAACCAACAAUAGAUUUAUCAAAGUGUGAACUGGAAGAGAUACCACCCCUUGUAUUUUCUCUCAGUAAAAUUCUGAGCAAGGAGGCUGUUUUUCUAGGAGAUAACUGGCUUGGAUCACUAAGUGGCGGAAAAUGUAUUGAUAUGAGGACUGUCAGGGUUUUGGACCUCCACAACAAUGAAAUCAAAGUUUUACCUACAGAUAUUGGAAAUAUGACUUGUUUACAGGUCCUGAAUUUGGAAAGAAAUAGAAUAUCAAUUUUGCCAAACAGUAUUGAAAAUCUGAAGCACUUGCAAACAUUGAAUAUGAAAGGAAAUCGACUUAAACUUGUGAGUCCAUCUCUUUGUGGCCUGAAGAGUUUACGGACACUGGACCUAUCUGAGAAUAAGAUCACUUCCCUGCCUCCACAGCUGUGUAAUGUUAGAACACUGGAGACUCUAGUCAUUGAUGUCCACAGGAUCACUUACCCCUCUAAUGAUAUAUGUAAACAGGGCACAGAGAAAAUAAUGAUGUUUUUAUGCUCUGAGUGUAAAAUGGAGUAUGAACCACCCUCAAAGUUCCUGUUAGACAUUCUGGAACCCCCCAAUCUAAUGCUGACCCCCAAGGAAUCCUCCUUCUCGAAAGCCUAUGAAAUGGAAGAGAAUGCCUUACAGAAAAACAUUGAUAGUUACAAUUCAAUAAUGGACAAGAAGAGACAGGAGAGGAUAGAGCUGGAGAGACUGUUGGAGCUGGAGAUGUUGGAGCAGGCACAGCUGGCCAGUCAGGCUAUAGAGGAGAAGCAGCGCUUCAUAGAGGCCAUGGCUCAGGAUCAAAAUAAGAUGGACAAGGAACUGGAGACUAUUUUCCAUGGAAAGGGGCAAGAGAGAAAGAAACUUGUAGAAUACAUGCAUCAAGUUGAGAUCGGUACAGAUGUGUUAAUUAAAAACAUGCUGGAGAUGCAAGAAAAGGCGAGGAAGACGGAGGAACUGUUGGAGUUAAUGGAGCGUGAACGGAUCGAGGAGGAGGAGCUGUUUGUGGUCCGCAACGAGGAGAUGCAGAACUUACGCAAACAGGAAGUCCUGAGAGCUAUGGAGUCCAUGCUACAAGAGUCGGACAUGUUUGAGAGUCUCAGAUCAAGUUAUGUCAACAAUAAGGACAACGUUCUCAGACAGGCCCUACAUGAUGAGGAGGUGACGAGUCAGGGGCAGGUCCACAGCAUUCUCCAUAACAAGGACCUCGCCCUCACCAACAUGAUAGAUGUCCUACAGAAACAGGAAGAGUUCCAGAGAGAUGCUUUUGAGGCCCUACAGCUUCAGAAGGAUGCCAAAACCCAGAGAAUUAGUCAGCAGAUUAAUAUGAUAGAGGAAGAACUCGCUGGUCUCACUCUAGUGGAGCUUCAGAGGAAAGAGGAACGGACCGACGAUGAAAUUAAUCGUCUGGCUGAGAAGAGAGUAGAACUAUUGGGAUUACUGUCUCAACUGAUGAGUGAACAGGAGAGCCGAAGAGAAGAGCUCAGAAAGCGACUGGCUGAGAUGGAGCAACAGAAGGAGGAUGGACAGACAGACUAUUGGUUGGUUCAGUACCAGCGACUCAUGGACCGCAAACCACAGGCUCUCAUGGACCAGGAGCAUCGCUUAGAGAUCGCCGUGGUAACAGUGCUAGAUGAUUCUGGGGCUCAGGAUUACCUCCCUGUGUUUGCUAGACAUCGUAUCACCAUAGAAACCUUGCUGCAAAUGACAGAUGAUGACCUUAAACAGAUGGGAGUUCAUGAGCUUGGAUUACGAAAAUCCAUUUUGAAAAAUGUUGAAAAUUUUAGGACAUCAAAAAGAGCCUCAGUACAAAAAGAGGCAGAAGCAGGUCCAAGUCACGUCAAUAUGGACAAAUUCAGAAAUACGGAGGAUGUGACCUUUGAUCACCCAGCCCCUUCGGCUCCUCUAAUGAGACAAGAGUCCAUUCUAGCAAGGGGACUUAACUCAGAAUGUGUGAUAUGUCUUGACAGACAGUCUGCUGUAAUUUUCUUGUCCUGUGGCCAUGUUUGCUGCUGUAACGAGUGCUCUGUUCCCCUCAAAGAGUGCCCCUUGUGUCGAGGAGCUAUUGUACAGCGAAUCAAACUCAGCACUGCCGUGGUUUCGGAACACCCCCUUUUGGCAGCCCUCCCUUCAGAGCCCACUGAACACCCACCUCCAGCACCGCUAGUGUAGUGGUCAGCUGUGGCUGUUGAGUUAGUGAUACAUUACAGGUGUGACAAGUAUGAUCAGUCGGUGUUAAUUACAGGUGUGAUAAUUGUGACGAGUCAGUGUUGAUGACAUUUGUGACAAGUGUGAUAGUCCCCGCAUUGAGACGUGACUCUGAUACACAGUAAAUCUAAUCAAUUCAUGGUUCUGUGUGUCCCUUUUUACAGUAAUGCUUUAGUAAUUGGUGUUUGAUGUAUUUAUGUUAAACAUGUUUGAUUAUAUCAGUUGUGUAUCCCCCAUCUUUAUUACAUAUAUGUGCAUAUACCGGUACUGGAAUGAUACCAGUUAUUAUAUAGCUAAUAACUCUUCAUUAAACUUUGUUUAUAGUUAUGGAAAAUGUGUAGCUGCAAAAUCAAAGCAAACACUCUUCCUUAUUUGUGAUUAAGAUUAUCGUCUGAAACAAGUGUUAUGACCAAUGAACACUGUCAAAACAGUGUAUCUUAAUAAAAUUAACUAACUGUGCUUUUGUUGGCUGUGAACUGAAUUAUUUACAUACUUGUUUUACUCAAAGCAGUUAUGUUCUGGGCUGUUGUUCAUAUUUGUUGUUUUCUCUUGUUUCAUUCUGUGCAAUGCUAUUACCCAUUGUUAUUGUUGUAAUGCAAUUUUGGAUUAAUUAUCAUACAAUGAACUUGUACUUGAAUAAAUGUGUACAAUGUAUGCAUUCAGUGUACAUGUAAUAAUGAGACAAUUACUAUUUCGUUCCAUUUAUCUCUUCAUGUACAUUUAACCGGUAUGUACUUUGGCAUUUUUUAUAUAUUGUACCCUUAUAAAUGGUGAUAUUAUUUUCUAUUUUGUGAACUGAACAAGAGACUUGAUUGAUCUGACAAGGUCUUUACCGUUAGAUUGUUACCAAUACACCCAACUCUCUUGCUUUGCGGGUAGGAGAGAUUUGCUCAAUCAAAGACAGUUUUUGUGCUCAAUGAAAUGAAGAAUUCGAGUGCCUACACAGGCAGCUAAUAAAUGCAGGAACACAAAAGAAAUUAGCAUGAACAUCUUGUAUGUAUAACUUCAAGUUAAUUUUGGCAAUUUUUCACUAGACAUAUUGAAGAUGUGUACUGUAAAAGAAUCACUCUUUUGUGUAGGCUUAUGAUUAUUUAUAUCAUGUUCCAAGGUAUUGGAACAAUAAAUUUAGAACUUUUAAAAUUAAUUCAUUAUCAGGCUAAAUCAAUACAAAGUCCAGCUAAAACAACUCUUUUUUCUAAGAACUGAAGAAAUUGUAGUAGCAUAUAUAUAUUGUUUAAACUUUGUCUUGAACAUUAACUUCUGUUUUGUGUUAUGCCCAGUUUUCACCUGAUGUCUCUUUUUAACUUUAUCUAAAUUCAACAUUGUCCUGGCCUUAUUAUCAGGUAGAUUUAACCUAUAAGAGAAGUGAGGGGGGCUGUAAGAUAUGAAGCACUUUGCAUCAUUGCUUGCCAAUCGAAGUUCAAAGAGAAAAAGAAACUUUCUAAUUUUUUACCAAUUGAUUUUAUCAUAUUGAAUGCUCUACCUUGCAUCAUAUGUAAUCAUUUUAGAUGUGUGCUGUUAAACUUCAUGCAUGUUUAUAUAUUGACUAACAAGAAACCUGUGUUGAAGACCUCAAUAUUGCACACUAUUAUGCAUUAUUAGUUCAUAUAGUCAGAUAUAAUUAUUUAUAGCAUGAAUAAAUCAAUUAUGAUAAAUUGUGUAAUAAAAUAAAAAUACUA